AUGGCUCGUACUAACCCGAGAUGGAGUUCCUGGGCCCAGGGCAUGGUGUUGUUUGGUCUCAUGGCGACGAGAGUAAUGGGGGGACAGAUUUUGAAAACCAGCGGAUUCAGCGACUGUGGCUCUGAUUCGACCAUCAAAGUCGACAAGAUUAAUAUCAGCUACAACAACGAGAACAAAACUGUGAAUUUCGAUAUCGCUGGGUCUAGCAGCAAAGAACAGAAUGUAACGGCGAUACUCGACGUGACUGCCUAUGGCAACACGGUGUACUCGAAAACUUUCAAUCCCUGCGACAAGGGCACAUUUGUUGAACGCCUAUGUCCGGUUCCCGUGGGCCAAUUUGCUGCUCAAGGGAACCAGCAGAUCCCUUCCGAGUUUGCCAACAUGGUGCCUGGUAUUGCCUUCCAGGUACCCGAUAUCUCUGCUCACGCGACUUUGCGGUUGAUGAGCCAGAACGGCGAUAGGGUCGCCUGUGUUCAAUCCGAUGUUUCCAACGGCAAAACAACUGAUAUCCCCGCUGUAUCUUAUGUGGCCGUCGGUGUUGCUGGCGCCGCUCUGAUCAUGUCAGGAGUAUCGGCUGUUGGUGCUGCACUGUCCGGUGGUAGUGCUGCGCUUGGAAGUGGCUCUGGCGGAGCCGUAGGCACUAUCAGCCCAAGCUUUGGGGAGGUAGUUGGGUGGUUUCAAGGCAUGGCAAUGAACAGCAUGUUGUCAGUCAACUAUCCUCCCAUCUACCGCAAUUUUGCCAAGAAUUUUGCUUUCUCCGUCGGUCUUUUUCCCUGGUCAGGAAUGCAGACCACAAUCGAUGAUUUCCGAUCCAAGACGGGUGGCAACUUGACCCAAGACAGCCUCUCUUACCUUCAAAAUGCCACGCUGGUAUUCCCAGAUGGUUCAACAAGCAGUCCAAACAAAGGGCUAUUCAAUUUAAAGCGUGCUGUUGACACCUUUGUGGAACUCGCCAACAGGGCGGUGGAAGCUUCUGUCAACCCGACUGAACCGGUUGGCAAUGGUGACUCGAAUGACCUUCAACACAAAGUCAAGGGCAUUCAAGCCUUUGCUGAGAAACUUCUCGUUCCCAAGUCGAACAUAUUCAUGACGGCCUUGCUGAUUGUGGCUAUCAUCAUCGCCGCCAUUGUCGUUGGCAUUCUCCUUGUCAAGGUUAUUCUCGAAGCGUGGGCUCUGUUUGGCAGCUUUCCAGAGAGCUUGAGAGGCUUCCGAAAGCACUACUGGGGCUCUAUUGCUCGUACUAUUACCUCUCUCAUCUUACUACUCUAUGGCAUAUGGGUACUCUAUUGCGUAUUUCAAUUUACCCAUGGCGACAACACGAUCGCAAAGGUUCUCGCCGCUGUUACCCUUGCUAUUUUCACUGCCAUCUUGGCCUUUUUCUCAUGGAAGAUUUGGUCAGUUGUGCACAAGCUCAAGAAGCAAGAUGGUGAUGCGGCUGCCAUGUAUGAGGACAAGAAAAUCUGGGUCAAGUACUCUUUGUUCUACGAAUCAUAUAAGCGACAGUACUGGUGGCUGUUUAUUCCAGCCAUUUUUUACAUGUUUGCCAAGGGUGUUGCAAUUGCUGCUGGAGACGGUCACGGCAUGGCCCAAACGAUUGCGCAACUGGUUAUUGAGGGCCUUAUGCUUUGUUUGCUCUUAUGGAGUCGGCCUUUUGAGCGUCGUUCGGGAAACGUGAUAAAUAUUGUCAUUCAAGUCGUACGCGUCUUGUCGAUUGCUUGUAUUUUGCUCUUUGUGCAAGAGUUCGGAAUCAAACAGACCACACAGACCGUUGCGGGCGUGGCACUCAUCGCGGUACAAGCUACGUUAACUGCAGUGCUCGCAAUUCUCAUUGCUUGGAAUGCCAUCAACGCUUGCUGCAAGAUGAAUCCUCAUCGAAAGAGGAGAAAGGAGGCUGAACAACUCAAACGCGACAUGGAUAACCUCACACCUCUUGACGCCCGUAAUUCCCUACUCCUAGACCGGGCACCAAUGCCAGAGAAGUCAAUGUUUGCCGUCUCGAGUGAUUUGAACGAGAAGGGCCAUGUGCGGAAUGGUUCUGCCGAGCGGUUCUAUCCAGGCGGUGGCGAUAUAAGACCACCUGUUGCUCCUUCUGGCGGCCACAUGUACCGACCACUUACACCAACUAUCGCGAAUGACUCCCAGAGCCUUUUGGAUGGAGCUGCGCCAAUUGGCACAUCAGAUCGACAACCCACUGUGCCCAGUGUCGACCGAGAGUAUCGUGGAGCGUAUGCACCAUCCACGACAUACGGCAAUGGGGGAGGUUACAAUCGUCGGUUCUAA